GUUGGAUUGAAGAGAGAAUGCGUAAGGAUGAUCUAUGAAAGGGUGGCCAAACCUGCGGCACUGUAUGGUGUACAAGUCUGGGGGGAAAGGGCGCAUGACAGUAGGGUUAAGAGACAGCUGAGUGCGGCACAGAGGCCGUUUCUGUUGGCAUCAUGUGGAGCUUACAGAACGACGCCAACAGCAGCACUCAGUGUUAUAACCGGAAUGGCGCCACUUCAAAUAGAAGGAUGGGCCAGACAUCAUGAAUGGAGAGCGAAUGGAAGAAUGAAGAUAGAGGAAAGAGUGAAAGG